ACUGAGAUAGCCAAAAAAGAACCAAUUGAAGAUACUCUAAAGGAAUUAAACAACUCUUCAAUAGAAAAUCAUACUAUAGAUACCAACAUGAUAGUAGACUCACUAACCACCCUCUAUGACAACUCCAAGGUUGCUGAAUCCUCUUUCAUCAGCAAUGAUGACAAUGAAUUCCAAUUGGUGGUGUCAAAGAAAAAACAUAAGG